GUUGCUUCCGAAUGAUUAUCGGCGCUGACUGAGCGAUGAGGCCCUUCCGUCCGCCCCCAAUGCAUCAGAUGCAUCCCAGUCAUCGCAGCGAGCCGGAGGGCGAGCACUUCCCUCGUAAGGCACUUCACUUUGGAUGGAUGGACGUUCAUUGCUCAGAAUGGAUGGAAAUGUCGCUUUCUGUGUCAUCUUCAGACACAUCCAGCCCCCAGUGGCCUCCCAUGCCUCCGGUGCGUCCUCCCAUCGCACCAGGCUUCGUUGACCGUCCGGCCACAUUCUCAUCUCUACAUGUGGCCGAGAACUCCAUCGUUCGACCCAUCCCGCCCACCUUCCAGCCCAUGCCGCCCAGCACAGCCGACGGCAGCAACCGCCCGGCCGUCCAGAGGCCCGAGCGAGUGGAGCGCAGGAUGGCACAGGCGGGUGUGGAUGGGAAUGCUCCUCUCGCCGGUUGGGGGGCCGUGCGUCGCGAGGUGGAUAAUGUAGGAGUGGGUGUGCACAUGGGUGAGGAGGCUGCCGCUGCCGAUGAGAUACCGGAAUCGCAGGAAGGAUUCGAGGACGAUGCCACACCGGAUGCCGGUGGGUACACAUGGUGGAGGGGAAAAUGUGAUGUGCGAGGUGAUGUGGCGUCUCUGUGUGCAUGUGUGUGUUGGUGUGGUAGGUCCAUUGGGUGUGUCGCUCAAGCUGGAGUUCUCGGCGCUGCCCAUCGACCAGUCCAUGGCGGUCUUCGUUCUGUGCAAGGUCGCCAAGGAGCCAUGCACUACCAACUCCAACUCCAACUCCAACGACAAAGUAUGCCACACAUCACAUACAAAGGCAGGCACCACACACCACACAUUCUUUCCUCUCCCUCCUCUCACACUAACAGCCGUCUCCGGCUUCUGCUGUUGCUGUGGCGGCGGCUGCCAGCAGUGGUGGUGGUGCUGUGUCUGCGUCUGGGGGGCUUGGCCAAUUUGGUGGUGGCGUCGGUCUGGAUCUCGUGACCAUUCUGGACGUGUCGGCGUCAAUGUCGGGAGCCAAGCUGCGGUCGGUGCAGGACGCGAUGCGCUUCAUCAUCUCCCAGCUGACAGACAAAGACCGGUAGGUGGAGAUGGGAUGGUGUGGGGUGAGGGGGGCACAACUCCCAACGUGUAUUGUGUUGUCUUGCGUUUCGUUGCGUUGUCUGCAGGUUGUGUGUGAUUACGUUCUCGAGUGCUGCACGGGUUGAGUUGCCCUUCACCAUUAUGACGGAAGCCAAGAAGAGCCUCGCCACCACAUGCAGUAAACACAUCCCCACGAGACACACACAAACCGCCACAUCGCCCCAUCAUCGGCCCCCAUGUUUCAUUGUCUCUCUCCGUUCGUGGCAGUCAUGCGUCUGCAUUCUCGUAGCGGCACGUGCAUCAGAUCUGGCGUGGAGAGCGCCAUUCAGUGUCUGCAGUCCCGCCGCACGCGCAACCCCACCUCUGCGGCAUUCCUGCUGACGGACGGGAUGGACAACGUCGGGUACGAUCCUGCCACGACGCGCCAGCUGGUGCAGUCGUGCUUCACAGCCAACCGAUGUACGUCAUCGGUGUGAGGGAGGGAGGGAGGGAGGGACGGAUCUCACACACACGCAUCUCGGCCUCUGUGCUUUAAAAUCUGCAGGUGCUGUGUAUCCCUUUGGGUUUGGUGCCGAUCACGAUGCGGUGACGCUGGGCGGGUAUGCCGAGCUCUGCCACACGCCAUUCACAUACAUCGAAGUGAGUGAGGAGGGAGGGAGCCGGGGGGGUGGAGACACACGGAUGGACUGCCGGCCGCUGCUAUGGAUUCAGUCUCCGUCCGUGAUGGGUGAGUCGUUUGCCGGCGCCCUCGGGGUUGCCAAGUACAUCAAGUACCAGGACAUCGUGCUGGAAUUCAAGGUAAGGCCUGCAGCCAUCCACACCAGACAGACACGGCCAGACAUGCUGGCUGUGUGUGUCUCGGUCUUGCGUGCAUAUCAGGCCACUGAGGCUGACAAUUCGGCGAUCAAGGCCUUCCACUCUGACUUCGACCACCGCCUCGCUCCUGGCGGCAAGAUAGGCACUCUCACCCUCCCCGACUGCGUCGCCGAUGAGGAGCGACAAAUCCUUCUCGAAAUGGUGACACACACACCACACACGCCGCUGACAUACAUAACACAGCAGCGCACAUCUCUCCCUUGUUAUCUAUUUGUCUGUGCGGUCAGGAGGUGCCCGAGGUCGCUAGUCCCACCGACACCGAGGAGGCCAUCCUGACCCUCACUGGCUGCUACAAGGACCUCACAGCCCGCAAGAUCUUCCACUUCGCACCCCAGACACUCACCAUCCACCGUGUGUGGGCGCCACAGCCUGAAGACGAGCCAGAGGAGGCCGACACGGGCGAGAAUGGUGUGCCCGCAGCAGCUGCGGCUGCGGCUGGUGGUGGUGGUGGUGGUGACAGUGUGGGUGCGAAGCGUCUGCUGGCCAUGGGGAUACGUGCUGAUGAAGAGGUGGGCGAGAAAAGGGCGAGUGGGGGCAGGCAGUGUGUUGAUGUGUGCUGGAUGCGAUGGGAUUGAUGUGAUGCAGGUGUCGAUGGCUCGUGCUGAGCGCGUGGCUCAGCGAGCAUUGACUACCGUGUUGCAGGACGGUACACAGCGACCCACACAGUGCGUGUGCGGCAUUGUCUCCAUUCUCACCUCUGUUGUGUGUGUGUGUGUGUGUGUAUGUGUGUCAGAGACCGCCGGUCGUGGCGAUCUGAUGGACCAGCGGAUCGGCUCAGCGAUGGAACAGAUGGACCGCCUCUCGAAGCGUUCCGCUGCUCCGUCCGUCGCGUUGUACUCAGACCAAUUCAGGCUUCAAACUGAGCAGAUGACGGUAUUCACACACGCCCAGCCACAAGAUUGAGCAGGCGAGACACAGACAGAGCUCUUUCUUAUGUGUGUUCUCUCUUUCCCUUCAGUAUCGUCGUCCUGGCCAUAGCCCUUCGGCCAACUCGCCCAUGACGAUGCAGCACCUGUCGGCCAUGCGCGCACAGAGGUGGGCCGAGAGGAAGGAGAUAUCGAUGCAUUGCUUUCACACAGAGACGCGAUGGAUUCGUUUUCUUCCGUCUCUGUGCAGGACCGCUCGUCCCGUCGGUUCGCCGUCUGUGUGCUACACGCCCAGCUCGCGGUUCCUCUCACACGCCUACACUGCUUCCCGCCCCGCUCCCAUGGACAAUCGUGACCAAGACAUGAGACGUCCCAUCAGCAGCCACACAUCACUCCGAUACGACAUCAACACACGUGGCUACGAGCGAGGGCGGGACAACAACCAGGAGCAGCAGCAGAGGGACGAUCUGCAUGCUGGGAGGAAGCCGCUCCUCCCCGCCGGCAACCCCCGUCGCCGUUCAUCAGCUGGCCUUGAAGCUGCUGCAGCUGCUGCGUCAGAUGCAGCGUCCUCCCGCUUCCCACCGCCUCCCCCCUACCCGCCUCCCCCCUGCCCGCCUCUCCGCCCAAAGGCUGCACCUGCUGCCUCAGCUGCUGCUGCAUCGGGCAGUGCGUCGUCGAAGGCCGAUAAGGGCGGGAGUGCCCGGUAAGUGAAGAGAGCAGCUAGCAACGCGGCACACCAUGCGAUAUUCGCUAUGUCUGUAUGCCGUGUGCUCAGCGGUGGUGGUGGUGCUGAGUCCAGGCAUGGCAAGAAGCGAUCGGUGGAGGAACAGUAGACAGGCUGAGAGACAGACAGGCAGAAAAACAGACGGAUAGACAGACCGACAGAUACAGACAGAAGAGACACGGACGAGCAGACAGGACAGGACAGGACAAGAUAACAUGAGAUGAGCUGAGAUGAGAAAGGACGAGAGAGACACUCACCGUCCCGCACUCACCUCAUCUCAGGAAGGGCCCCAGUAUGUAUCGUUUGCGUAGCCAGAUGGACCGACUGAUACACACAGGAAGAGACACCAUGCAUUAUACCUCAUGUGAUCGAGUGUGUUUGGCUGGAAGGCAGAUAGCGGGAGAGAGGUGUCUGUCCGGUGAAAUGAAUGCGUGGAUGGUUGAUCGGCUGUCAUGUGAUUGGAUGGAUGGAUGGAUGAAUGGAUGGAUGGAAGGAGUGAUGAGACGUCGCGGAAGGCACGGAGCGCUCUCUCUUCAUUCAAGAUGCAUCGGACAGACAGGUUCUGUCAGUGACACUCAG